AACGCCUCCACAGGCGACCCUGACUCUCGGCGCGUCUCCGGCAACGUUGAUUUCGAUUUUUGUUUUUCAGAAUGAAGACCAUCCUCAGUAACCAGACGGUCGACAUCCCGGAGAAUGUCGACGUGUCUCUGAAAGGUCGGACAGUCAUCGUGAAGGGCCCCAGAGGAGUCCUCCGCAGGGAUUUCAACCACAUCAAUGUGGAGCUCAGUCUCCUUGGAAAGAAGAAGAAAAGGCUCCGGGUGGACAAGUGGUGGGGAAAUCGCAAAGAACUUGCAACGGUGCGCACAAUCUGCAGCCAUGUACAAAAUAUGAUCAAAGGCGUCACCCUGGGUUUUCGUUACAAGAUGAGGUCUGUGUACGCUCACUUCCCCAUAAAUGUUGUUAUUCAAGAGAAUGGCUCACUUGUUGAAAUCAGAAAUUUCUUGGGUGAGAAAUAUAUCCGAAGAGUACGCAUGAGACCAGGUGUUGCUUGCGCUGUUUCCCAAGCCCAAAAAGAUGAGUUAAUUCUUGAAGGAAAUGAUAUUGAACUUGUGUCAAACUCAGCUGCCCUGAUCCAGCAAGCCACCACAGUCAAAAACAAGGAUAUCAGAAAAUUCUUGGAUGGUAUCUAUGUUUCUGAGAAAGGCACAGUGCAACAAGCUGAUGAAUAAGAUGCCAAAGGCCACGUCCUGAGGAGUCGACACUUAUUCAGAUGUCAAAAUAAAAAUACUUUUUGUCA